AUGCCGUCCAUCCUCACCGAUGCUGACAAGGAAACCGUCAAGCGAAAUGUCCCCAAACCAGCCAACAAGAUCCUCGCUGUAGCUGUCGCGCGACUCUAUGUCGCUUACCCGGAUAACCAACGAUGGACAUACACUGGAAUCCAAGGGGCGGCGGUACUCUGCAAUGAUCUCGUGGGACGGACAUUUUGGCUGAAGGUGGUCGAUAUCUCGCCCGCCGCAAGGGGAGUGAUUUGGGAUCAGGAGAUCUUUGAUAACUUCUCUUACAAUCAAGACCGUACAUUCUUUCACACGUUCGAGCUCGAACAAUGCCCCGCUGGCCUGUCUUUCGCCGACGAGAAGGAGGCGAAGACCUUCAUCAAGAAGGUGCAUGACCGCGAAGAUAAAGCGAGCAAAGAGACCAAACACACCCCGUUUGCCUCCUCUCGGGGGCAGGGUCCGGCGCCUGUUCCCAACGGGAAAGUCGGCCGAUCCCUGUUCGGCAGCUUGCUGCAUCGCGGACACGGACAUUCGACUGCGAGCACCGCACCCCCCGCCCCUGCCGCGCCAGCACCGUCAAUACAAGUCGCUCCUCCGCCACCAAGCCUGCCUCCGGCUGCCCCAGCGGCCAAGGGUGACCUGCCAUUUGACACGAGCGAUCCAGAGUGGGCUGGACUACUAGACGAACUCAAGCAGAUGGGGAUCACAGAAGACCAAAUUGCGGAGAAUUCAGACUUUAUCAAAGCAUGGAUCGAUCAGAAGCAGAGUGCAGCGGCCGAACCAUCAGCCACUGGCAGGGCACCACCACCGCCUCCCCCAGCUGCUCCAAAAGCAAAUGCCAUCAGCCCUCAACCCACAGGAGCCAGCACUUCAAGCCGGCGUGGCCCUCCACCGCCGCCCCCGUCACGGAAAGCCCGUACUGAGGCGCCAGAGGAGCCGGCCUCCCCGCCUCCACCUCCUCGGGAACCAUCCCCCCCAGCUCGCAGAUUCAACGCACCUCCUCCUUUUGCAGAUGCUGGCAAGUUUGUUGAAGCUCCGGGCCCCGCUCUUCCAAAACGUUUGCGAGCCAAUUCUGGAGCCAAUGGUCCUCCACCGCCACCACGGCCGCCGAAGUCCCCUGUGGAUGAUAGCGCACCCCGAUUCGGAGUCCCACCACCUUUUACGGGUGAUCGUAAGGUUUCAGCACCACCAGCGCCCCCCAGCCGCAGCCCAGCUCCUCCGGGUCCUCCUCCUCCACCACCGCGCGCUCCAGCUCCGGCUCCGGCAUCACACCCACCCCAAUUGCCUCCCAAGAUUCCCACAGGCACUCCAUCUGGACCUCCGCCGCCUCCACCUGCUCGAGGUCCUGCUUCGCCGCCUCUGCCGCCUCCGCCGCCCCCAGCACCGGCUGCGCGACCUGUACCUCCUCCGCCCGCCUUCCCGGCUGCGCCUCCCCCUUCUGCACCAGCUGCUGCUCCUCCUUCAGCACCGCCCCCUCCACCCAGAGGACCUGCAGCACCUCCACCACCACCCCCAGGAGGCGCUGCUAUUCCUCCACCGCCGCCGCCACCUGGACGCAGCGGACCUGCAGCACCUCCUCCCCCCCCUCCUCCUGCCCCGGGUGCUGGGGCUGUGCCUCCACCUCCUCCGCCGCCUGGUGGAAGUGGUGCCCCUCCGCCACCGCCCCCAGCUGGCGGAGCAGCUCCGCCUUUACCGAAGUCCAGUGGUGGACGGGACGAUCUUCUGGCCUCUAUCAGAGCAUCUGGAGGCUCCGGCGGUGGUGGAUUGCGUAAGGUCAAAGCCUCCGAGAAGAAAGACCGGAGCGCUGCUAUGGUACCAGGAGGUGCUGCGGAGUCAGCUGGAGCAGCGUCCAGCACUCCAAGCGGUCCACAAGGUGGCCUGGCUGGUGCGCUGCAGGAUGCCCUGAAACAGAGAAAGCAGAGGGUUAGCGGAAGCGAUGAUGAGAAGGACGACGAUGAUGAUUGGUAA